GCUCUUAAACACACGGACGUGUGUAGCGACUUUAUUAUAAUACGAACAGAGAAUAAUGAUUGCCAUAUGCGUAAUUUGACGUUAAAAUAGAUUCGCUCGGCGAUUUCAGUUCGAUCGCGGGUCUCGUGGUGUGUUGACUUUGCUAUAUCCAUUUAAGUAGUUCACAUCAAAAGAAAACAUGGAUCGUGACGUAAAAGGAAAAGUUGCGGUCAUAACUGGAGGCGCGGAUGGUCUCGGGCUAGCCAUGGUGAAGAGUUUCCUACAGAAGGGAGCCAAGCUGGUGAUAAGCCUUGACAUUAACGAAGAACAAGGAAAAGCGUCAGAAGCAGCAUUGAAAUCCGAGUAUGGAAACGACAGGGUUGUCUUCUACAAGUGUAAUGUACAAACAGAUUUGGAAGCGAUUUUCGACAAAAUUAUUGCUGAAUAUAAAGCUAUUGACAUCCUUAUUAAUAAUGCUGGCGUGCUUGACGAAUUAAAUAUAAGACGCACCAUAGAAGUGAACACCAUAGCCCUCAUGGAAUGGACCAUGAAGUUCUAUGAACAGAUGAGGACUGACAAAGGUGGAAAAGGUGGCACAAUAAUUAAUGUAUCAUCAAUAUAUGGUUUUAGAGUCCUACCCUACAUUCCUUAUUACCAUGGAUCUAAAUUUGCUGUUAUCGGGUUUUCUAAAUCUAUCGGCCAUGAAGACAACUUCAAAAAGUCGGGUGUUCGUGUAGUAACCCUAUGCCCAGGGUUGACACACACUAAUAUGGCUAAUUAUCCCAAAAUAAAAGAAGAUGACAUGAUUCCAGAGUUUAAGACUUGUCUUCUCGCGCAUGAUUGGCAAGAUCCGGUAGACAUCGGCAGAGGUACGGUGGAGAUUUUCGAAAAGGCUGACACUGGUACCGUUUGGCUUGUAGAAGGUACACGACCAGCUGAGAAAUUGAAUUUCUGAAUAUUUCUGAAUAAUAUUUUUCUCAUAUUUAAAAAUAUAAACAUUACAUUGCACAAAGUAAUUAGUCAAGCGUUUAAGAAAUUAGUCACAGACGUCGACUUAAAUAUAGCAACACUAAUUUAUGUGCAUUUGUCUAUGUAAUUGUAUAGGAUUCGAAAUCUUAUUUAAGAAAAUACUUAUUACAGUUCGUUUCAUGUAGGAUGGUGCGGGUGACAGUUCGUUUCACUCUUAAAAGUUUGCCGCGAUACGAUAAUAGUACGUAUUAUGAACGUCAUACAUACAUGCGACUGACACCGUACCCAUGCUAUCUGAAAAACGCUUUAAUAAGAAAGUUAUGUAAUUAUAUUACAUUAAUUAUUGUAAUUAUGAACGAAUUACCAAGCAAACCAGAUUCUUGAAAUAUAUUUUGUAUAUGAUGAAAUUAUAAAAUAUUUUGUAAUUUUUGGCAAUAGGAUAGCAGUGGAUAUGACUUCUGCCUCCGAUUUCGGAGGGUGUGGGUUCGAAUCCGGCCCGGGGCAUGCACCUCCAACUUUUCAGUUGUGUGCAUUUUAAGAAUUUAAACAUCACGUGUCUCAAACGGUAAAGGAAAAAUAUCGUGAGGAAACCUGCAUACCAGAAAAUUUUCUAAAUUCUCUGCGUGUGUAAAGUCUGCCAAUCCGUAUUGGGUCAGCGUGGUGGACUAUUGGCCUAACCCCUCGACUCGAGCUCAGCAAUGAGCCGAAUAUGGGUUGAUAAUGAUAACGAUGAUGAUGAUUAGAUGUUGAUGAAAAUCCACGUGACCGAUACUCUCUGAGGGACUUUGCGAGAGUGUACACAAGGGGGUGUAACUGGGUAUUUUUUAAUCACACUACUUCACAGACCGAUGAUUCGAACCCAGGACUUCAUGAUACGAAGUAAUGCCUGCAUACAAACCAUUUAAAGUUAAUAUAAAAUUGUUUCUGUAUCAGUUUGUACUAGGUAUAUUUUAUAUAUAGAAAACAAAACCUCUUGUUUGUAUCAAAUAAAAGUGAAUGAAAAAAUAAUCUA